AUGGUCACGAGGAUCUUCGGCCACAUUGCUAUCGACCAGCUCGUGGCGAGCAGGUCCGGGAAGGACACCCGCGAUGACAUCGCCGAGGCCCAGUCGAACAUGGCGGCUUCAAGUCAACCAGCGUUCCGCCAGCAGGGGGCCCAGGAGGUGCACGUCCACGCGAGCAAGACGAAGCGGACGGUGAUCAUCAUGAACGAGAGCGAAUGGAAUAUGGAGUUCGGUAGCCGGCCCACUGCAAAGGAGACCAAAAACAUUCCCAAGAUGGAGGUGAGUGGAGAGGGCGGCGAGGGCGAGGAGACGGUGUUCGUGUUCAAGUGGGAGCCCCACCUGAUGCACCUCAGGACGCACUCGAUCAGCUCAAAGACUGAGGUGCGCCUGAUUGACAAGAGGCUCGACCCCGCUGACCACCUCUACACGCGUCAAGCUGAGCAGGUGAGGGUCGUCGCCCGCAGCGACGCAGGGAUUGCAGCGCUGGAGGCCUUGUGCGCUGCGUCGCUCCCGAGGAUCACG